CGAACGGAUGCUCUCAAUUGGAUUGAGCUGCGAAACUGUUGGUCGCUUCGCUGUCGACCGCGUCGUCUCGGUAAAAUCGGUUCUAAAUCCUUUCGCGGACCACAUUGAUUGGAACCGACAACGGACAACGUUGGAUCCGUUGGACGGUGUCGCGAGACCGCGAGUGUGAAGGAUCUAGUUAGAUUUUUUCUCCAAUUCGCGUCGUCGUCGGCGGUGCUAGUGGCGUCGACAACGUCACAGUGAAUUAGGUUAAGCAAACUAAAUUUCAUUACGGAGCACAGUAAUUGAGCCGAGGAAAUCGGGAAAACUGUCGCGUCGCGUCUCGAAUGAGUAAGUGAGUAAGUGAAUGAGUGGGAGCCCGUUUUCCACUGACCAUGAGCCGCCAUUAGGGCGACACCAACAAAGUACUGCCGAUUGAUGAAUCGUUUUCCCGAGGAGAUCGUAGAAGAUUCUUUGUCGCCGUUUUGACACAAAGAACCACUAGUAGUCAGUCACUAGGUAGGCUAUGACCCGUGGCAUGACAAUCGAAAGGAUCACGAUGACCGGUACAAGCCUACUGCGACUACUGCUGCUGUUGGUGCUACUGUGUGCGGAGUCCAUUGUCCUAGGGUUGACUCAUCAUCGCCACACUUCGGACGGUGGCGAUGGUGAUCCAGAUGGUGCCGAUGCAGUAUGGCAGCAGAAUGGACCUUUGGCGGUCAAUGGCAAUGACCGUAUUUCGAUUGUGCCGAAUGUGGAGUACACGCGAUUCGGCAGCGACACUGCUGUACUGACCUACAACUUGACGACGGCGUCCGAUGGCGCCUUGACGGUUCGAAUCGAUCUACGGAGGAGCUUACCGAGCCAGACCUUCGUAGAACGGCAGGGCAAUGGAAACGAAUCGAUAGUGGAGUAUUUUAAUGACGAGUGCUACUACCAGGGCAGGGUCCACGGUAGCCCGCGAAGUCAGGUAGCGUUGUCCACGUGCGAGGGAAAGGUUCGUGGAACCGUUUAUGACCAGGAUGAGACUUACUACAUCGACUACGAUGAGGUUUCGGGAGCACAUUUUUUGGAAAGAAUCUACGCAAGCUCGCAUAGUAAUCGAGUAAAACGAAGUCACCAUCGUCCACGGCUGGCUGGUCCGUACAACGCGAACCGCUAUUCACGGUUCGUUGAGUUAGUUCUGGUGGUAGACAAUUCCCUCUACAGACACUUCAAUGCUGACAUCUGGACUAUCCAUCGAUAUUGCACGGAUGUCGUCAACCACGUCAACAUGCUCUUCAACCAACUGAACAUCUUUAUCGCCCUGACAGGAGUGGUCGUGUGGGACCAGCACGACCACAUUCACGUCUCCGACCGUGCCGAUGACACCCUGAAUAACUUCCUCCAGUAUCGUCGGAAGGAACUGCUCCGUUCGCAUCCUAACGAUCACGCCCAACUGCUGACGGCAGUCAACUUCCAAGACCACGUCAUCGGAAAGGCUAAGCUCGGUGGAAUGUGUACCAGCAACAACUCCGGAGCGGUCAUCGUGAUCCACACCGACAACAUCGGCAUCCAGGCAGGGACGUUGGCCCACGAAAUGGGCCACAGCUUCAACAUGGAACAUGACGUGGGCGAAGAGUGUAAGUGCGAGGACAAGGAGUGUAUCAUGUCGGCAACCGUAACGGGACGGUCGCUGAAGCACUGGAGUAGCUGUAGUGUGGAACAGUUGACGCUGGCGUUCAACAGAGGGUUGAACCACUGCUUGAAGGAUCGACCAGAAGUGGUGUAUUCGAUGAGCUGUGGCAACGGGUUUGUAGAUGAAGGCGAAGAAUGUGACUGUGGAUUGGAGGACGUCUGUGAUAAUCAAUGCUGUGAUGCAAAGCUUUGUCGGUUUAAGGAAGGAGCUGUAUGCGCUACAGGCGAGUGCUGUAAUCUAAAAACAUGUCAACUUAAGGAGGCCGCAAGUGUUUGCCGAAUGGCUCAUGGAGAGUGCGAUCUGCCAGAGUACUGCACGGGUGGGUCUGAACACUGUCCAAGGGACGUUCACAAAAGGAAUACAGUGGUUUGCGCUGGUGGUCAAGCGUAUUGCAUUGAUGGAGACUGUAAAACACGCGACGAUCAGUGCCGUUUGCUGUGGGGUCCGUCUGGCAAGGCAGCUGAUGUAAACUGCUACGCAAGGAACGUCAACGGUACAAAGUAUGCUAACUGUGGAUACGAUCGGGAAAAUCAUAGCUGGAAAAAGUGCGCCGAGGAGGAUGUUCAAUGUGGACUGCUUUUCUGCCAUCAGCUAAACGAAAAUCGUCUAGAAUUUGGACUGCGAGUAUUCACCGAAGAGCACAUCGCCAGUACUCUGAACGGACGCAAGGUCGUCCCUUGCCACGCCGCUUUCAUAGAUCUAGGUAAUGCUAAAGAACCAUCAUUAGUCCCAGAUGGAGCUCCUUGUGGUCAAAACAAAAUGUGCUACCAACAACAGUGCUGGGACAUCGACAGCCUUAACUCUAAUAGAAUAGGACAACUAUGCCCUCACAACUGCCACAAUCAUGGCGUCUGUAACAGCGAAGGAAACUGCCAUUGCAACCCGGGCUACGCUCCUCCAUUCUGCGAAUUUUCCGGAAACGGUGGAUCCAUUGACAGUGGUCCAGCUUCCAAUCCCUCCUACUCCCUACUAGUCAUAUCACUCUCCGUAGCGACCUUCGUCAUACUCCUUCUUUUCGCAAUCUACAUAAUCCGCAUCUUCUGCCACACAGAUCGCUGCCAAACUCCCCUAAAAAUCAACACAUUCCCCACAUCCUCCCGCAGUAAACACAAACUCAUCUCAACUCCCUCCACCAAUUCCGCCAUAGUGCGCGAAAUCUCCGCCCCCAAACUGUGUUCUUCCACUCGGAACAUCGACGGACCGCAGUUUACCCCAAUCGCAAGACUGAAACACCACCAGCAGCAGCCAUUUGGUGACAACAGUGGCCUCCAAUCUCCGGCCAAGAACAGCACCGUCUCGGUACGAUCGCUGGCUCAGCCCUCGGUAGGCUACGUGACGCAUGUCAUGGCACCUCUGCCACCUCCGGCCAGUCCACGGCGGUUACCGCGGCAGCCGUCGUCUUCCGUGCAUCGGAGUUCGUACGAACGACGGCGGCACGGAUCAUCCGGCGGAAGCAGUAAUACUCGAUAUUCGUGAAUCUCAUUUUGUACUAUGUACUCAGUCGGAAUGUAAUACCAAACCAUAUAGAUCGAUGUGCGCUCGUAUGUGUAGGUCUGCGUGUUUCAUAAAACAUUUUAGGGAUUAUACAGCUUUUUGAUACUAGCGUUAUUUUCUAGCUACUACUUAGAGGUAAUUGUAAGCAUCGUAACUGCACGUUUGAAGGAAAUAAAGUUCUAGUCAUCCAUUCGAAACAUUGGAGCUGCGAGCAGCUCAAAGGUAAA